AUGCGACAAUAUGCGACGCCAUCAGCUAAUGACUCGGGCCAGAACGACCACGACAACAGUGCUAACAGCAACCCUCAACAAGAAAAAGUCGCGGCAUCGGGAAAAGAUCGUCAGGACCGCACCCGUGCGACACGCGUGGGCCGGUCGGGGCCAAGAUCUAGGUUGGGAUGCCUGACGUGCAAGUGGAGACGUGUGCGAUGCGACCAGGUUCAUCCGGUCUGCGGUCAUUGCUCUCGCCUUCAGUUAGACUGCGACUAUGAGCCGCAUCGACAGAGACGGAAACAUCAGCGGAUGAAUGAUGUAGCCCCAGCCGAUCAAGCCCAAGAAGCCCUGAUUUCCUUGGCUGCAAAGGGGGUACAGACUGAUGAUUCGCUAGCGCAGUCGGGUGGAACAUUAGCAAGUAAUAGUACUGCAGAUCUACGGCACCCUUGGAGACUGCAAGACUCCCCGCCCGUGUCCAAUCACGCACAAGAUGGAAUGCCAGGCGAGACCUCGUUUGGACAUUUCCACAGCGCCGGUUACCUUCAGAGUGGCGUAUAUGCGACGCCAAGUCAGUGCAACGAUUCCUUGCCGCCGUGGGAUCUCUCAAGCGCGGUGAAUUUUGUAGAUGUGUUCUCCGGGGGAGAUACGUCGUGGGCACAGGAGAGCUCGUGCACACUGCCCGAUAUCAGAGACACCCCAGCAUCGUUCCCUCCGCAGGGAAUACAGCCUAUCGAGCGGGGGCGAUUUGAUAGUCCUUUGAAAUUCACUGAGUCUAGCGCAUUCAAACGCCUUGAGUCAGUAAAAUCUAGCCAUGACAGAAUUGCUUCCCAGGCAGAACUAUUGCGAGUGCAAUCGACACCAGAAGCCCAGACUCUGACAAGAUCGAGGACCGGUCCGUCACUGGGUUCAAACGAAGACCCCACGCGUCUUUUCCAGCUCUUCAGGAAAAUCCAGCAGCCCCCAGCAGCCAUUCUCAUCGGCGGCUCCAAGCGCUGGCGUCGGCUACAGCAUUACCUCUGCAGGCUGAGCGACCAGUCCCGUGCGGUCCACAGCUCUCUGUUAUGUUUCAUUGAGCUCUUCAUGAUCGACGAGAUAACACCAGAAGAGGAUCAGAGCGAAAGAUGCAUGAAGCGAAUUCUGGGCCAUCACGCUCUGGCAUGCCAGGAGAUCGAGCGCAAAAUCUCCAAAAAGGGUCCAAUCAAGCCGGUGACGAGGGAGUGCAUGCUCGCAGCAAUUUUCUUUUUAGGCUGGUUCGAGGUGAUUAGGGACCAGGACUCAAGCCGCAGCCUUUUCCCACGAGAACUAGCCAAUGCAGUCAUUAUGAUUAGCGCAAAAUGGAACAGGUAUUCGAAGCAGCUGCUGUCGUGGCUGAACACCCUCGACAGUAAGGCGACUCAUCUCGGCCGUGAGCAUCUCCUGGCACCAGAGACCCUGCAUGUUGUCUCUUACUACCACACCGAAAUCACAUCAUCUCUGGAUCGCAGGACUGAUUAUGACGACGAUGGCUCUGAUAAUCCGGAUCAAUUGUCACCUGAUAUGUCGCCAGGGGUUUCAUACUCGUCGCCUAUGGAGUCAGUCAAUACUCCACCGUUUUUCAGCCUGGGUCAGGUGAAGCAGACCAUCCUCAAAGCUAUCCUUCAACCAGCGCUCGCCUGGUAUUUGACAUCGCAAUCAUAUUGCCGUCGUAUCAGUGCGCAUGACAAGCAUCAUCGGAGGCGGUUCACCAGUGACGAUGAGUACGAAGUUAUCACGGCAUGCAAGGAGAUUGAGAUUGAACUGUUCGAGCUCUGGGAUAGCCGGCCGGCUGCCAUCACCAUGCCUACGGACCAGCUCAUGGCCGUGAUAUCGCCGGAUAUCGCUAUUCAGCUAGAGGAGAUCUUCAGCACAUAUGUCGCUAGCUUCUGGAUCCUGUUCGUGUACCUGCAUCGUAUUACCUGGUGGCAUCUCCCACAUUCUCCCCUCGCGAAGAGGGCCCUGCUCGAAGUUUGGCACCACAUGCAGCGUGCCCAAGGCGAAGAAGUGGAUGGACCACUUCGCAAGAUCAUACAUCCAUGUUUAAUGUGGCCUCUUUUCCUCUUUGGCUCAGAAUCUCAAAAUCAAGAGCAUCGUACAUGGGCGAUUGAACAACUGGAGGCACUGGGCGAGAAAAGGUUGGCUGUCCCAGAGAAUGGAACAAACGAUGAUACCCUGCCUCCUUUCAAGCUUAGCUCUGGUGCGACUAAGAACGCUCACAGAGCUGCGAUACUUUUACGGGAGCUUGUAAAAGAGCAGGAUGCUAAACAGGAGAGGGUCGAUGACAGGGAUCUUUCCAUGAGGAUGUUUGGAUGCUAUUUCUCUAUUGUGUAA